AUGAAGCAGCGGAAUGCGGCGACGAGACGCGACGAAAACGGUGGUCCGGCGGCAGCUGUUGUUGUGUGUGAAUCGAUGCCGUCGCGUCCGACGGCGGGCCUUGACGGCGGUGGUCGGUGGUUAUUGUCUGUGAGAGGCGGCGGAUCUCGGUGGUGGACUGUGCUUGGUGGUCGGAAUGGGCCUGGAAGACAGCGGUUGUCCUGUUCGUCGGUGUGGUGCGCUUCGGUCGCCGGUUGUUAUCGACGGGCUCCUCAACGCCAUCUACUAGGGCCGCCCACGACCGCCAUCUAUCCCGCCCCUCGCAGCCGCCGGAAUCCGCCAUUAAUCCUUCGAAUGUACAUGGCUUCACUAAAUAAGAGCAGAUCGACUGACUCUUCAGCACCAUCGACCAGCGCCGCCAACGACCGCCGUCAAUCUGCCGUUCGCUGCCAUCUCGUCAAGCCGCCGGGCAAGAUGGCUGUUGUGCAAUGUCCAGUGACGGAAUGA